AUGAUUAUAAAUGUGUCCAAUAAUAAUUAAAUCUUGAUAUCAUAAAUUUAAAUGGCAUCUAAGUUGUCAGUUAAGUGUAAUAUUGAUCAUAACAACUCAUUUCACAAUCAGAAAAAACCAAUCCAAUUUGAAAAUCCAAUUAGAAGAAAGUCUUGCUAUUGUAAAUUAUGUGGAAAUCUAAGCUUAUUUCAAUAGCAAAAUUCAAAUUUACCUACAUAAAAGGAAAUAUAAUUUAGUAAAUAGAAGAGAAUCAAAAGAAGGUUAAGUUUUGGGGAUGAAAUUCAAACUGAUUUUCCUAACAAAUUGAGUUAAAAUGAAAGUGAAAAUGGAAGACGAAUUAGGUAAAACAAUAAGUCAAUUUCAUUACCCAUUAAAUGGCAGCAAGGAUUCUCAAAAAAUAAUUGCAUCUGUCAAGAAAGUAGUAUCAAAACAAAGAGAAAGAGCUGUGAAUGUAGUGAAUGUGGGAAACUAAAUCCUUUUAAAAUAAAGAGUCAAGAAAUAUUGUUUAAAAGACAAUAAUGA